UUCGUCUGCGCGUGCGCAGUCAGCCCCCCGUGCCAGCUAUUCCCUCGGUGUUUGCCAGUGCGGAGGGUUCGCAGCUCAGGAAGGAGGAGGCCCCAGGAACAGGAGUCCAGCCAAAGAACUGCCCUCUGACAGAGACCUCCUCACCAGGGCUUCUGAACAGAUGCAGAAGAACCCAGAAAGGAGCAGAUCUUGAUUUGCCACACCAGCAGCAGUUCUUCAAACCCUUGCCUAGAGAGCGCCGGACUUGGUGAUGUCGCCGCAUCCAGAAGCCAUCACAGAUUGUGUGACACUGAACGCUGUGGGCCAACUUGCAGAAGGUGGUUGUCCUCUACACUUCUCCACACUCUUCGAGGAGCAGCAGAACAUGAACAUAUCUCAGGAAUCGGUGUCAUUCAAGGAUGUGACUAUAGAAUUCACCCAGGAGGAGUGGCAGCAAAUGGCCCCUGUUGAGAGGAAUCUGUACAGAGAUGUGAUGCUGGAGAAUUACAGCCACCUCGUCUCAGUGGGGUACUGCCUUUUCAAACCAGAGGUGAUCUUCAAGUUGGAGCGAGGAGCAGAGCCUUGGUUCUCAGAGGAGGAAUUCUCAAACAAGAGUCACCCAAAAGAUUACAGAGGUGAUGACCUGAUCAAGCAGGACAAGAACAUCAAAGACAAACACUUGCAGCAAGUAAUAUGUAUCAAUAAUAAAACAUUGACUAGAGAGGAAGAGAAAGUUUUAGGGAAACCAUUUACUCUGCAUGUAGCUGCUGUUGCUUCAACAAAAAUGUCCUGCAAAUGUGACUCAUGGGGAGUGAAUUUGCAAAGUAUUUCUGAAUUUAUCAUUAAUAAUAGAAACUGUUCAACAAAGAAAGUAGAUUGCUGUAAUCUAUGUGAGAAUUCACCUUUCAAAAUUAACUUUGAGAAAACUCAGACUGGGGAGAAAUUUUAUGAACAUAAUAAAAAUAUGAAAGCUCUCAGUUAUAAUGAAAAUCUUCCCAAGCAUUCAAAGUUUCAAACUUUGGAGCAAGCUUUUGAAUGUAAUAAAAUUGGAAAAGCCUUUAAUGAUAAGGCUUGCUGUGUUAAACAUAAGAAUCCUCACACAGGAGAAAAAUCCUGUAAAGAUGAUGAAUUUAGGAAAAAAUGUGAUAAGACAACUCUCUUUGACCACAGGAGAACUGGCACAGGGGAGAAACAUCCUCAUCUUAAUCAAUACGGGAAAUCCUUUGAGAAGUCAACUGUGGAGGAAUAUAAUAAAUGUAACAUGGGUGUGAAAUAUUAUGAAUUAAAUUCAAGUGGAAAUAAUUUCAACAGAAAGGCACACCUCACUGAACCUCAGACAACUGUCACAGAAGAGAAUCCAGUGGUAUGUAGUGACAGAACACAGAGUUGGGUUAAAUCCUCUGAAUAUCAUGAAAAUAAGAAAUCCUACCAGAUGUCAGUUCACAGAGUUCACCAGAGAAGUCACUUGAAGAUAAAACCCUAUAAAUGUAAUGAAUGUGGGAAAUCCUUCUGUCAGAAAGGACAUCUCAUUCAACAUCAGAGAACUCACACAGGAGAGAAACCAUUUGAAUGUAGUGAAUGCAGAAAAACUUUCUCCCAGAAGUCACACCUCAGUACUCAUCAGAGAAUUCACACAGCAGAAAAACCCUAUAAAUGUAAUGAAUGUGGAAAAACAUUUGUCCAGAAGUCAACCCUCAGGGGACAUCAAAGAAUUCACACAGGAGAGAAACCCUAUAAAUGUAGUGAAUGUGGGAAGACUUUUGUUCAGAAGUCUACUCUCAGAGAUCAUCACAGAACUCACACAGGGGAGAAAUCCUUUCAGUGCAAUGAAUGUGGAAAAACAUUUGGCCAGAAGUCAAACCUCAGAAUACAUCAGAGAACUCACACUGGGGAGAAAACUUACCAAUGUAACGAAUGUGAAAAAUCCUUCUGGCGAAAAGACCAUCUCAUUCAACAUCAGAAGACUCACACAGGAGAGAAGCCAUUCAAAUGUAGUGAAUGUGGGAAAACUUUUGCCCGGACAUCAACCCUCAGAGCGCAUCAAAGAAUUCACACUGGGGAGAAACCAUUUAAAUGUAAUGAAUGUGGGAAAAAGUUUGUCCGGAAAGCAAUCCUUAGUGAUCAUCAGAGAAUUCACACAGGGGAGAAACCCUUUCAGUGUAGUAAAUGUGGAAAAACUUUUGGCCAGAAAUCAAACCUCAGAAUACAUCAAAGAACUCACAGUAGGCAGAAAUCUUAUGAAUGCAAUGAAUAUGGGAAAUUACAUAAGAAGUCAACCCUAAGCGUAUACCAGAAAAUUCAGGGAGAGGGGAAUCCCUAUUGAUGUAAUAACUGGGAAAUCCUUUUGACAAAAAGAUUACCCCUUUUGACAUCAGAGAUACACAAGAAACCAAUUGAGGGUAGUGAAUGUAAGAAGGCAGUCGCAGAAAUAAACCCUCACAGUGAAUCAGAGAAUUCACUUAGGAGAGAAACCAUAUGAAGAUGAAUGCAGGAAGAAUUGUGUCCAAAAGGCAACCUUCAGAGGCGUUUUUGUUUCUUUUCAGAGUACUAUGGAUAGGCCUGAAUGAAGUCAUACCCUAUUAGAUAGUUCUGACACAUCACACAGGCUGGUAGUCUGUUCACCAGUACCAGUUUCACUUUAUUGCAGGCACAUAACUCGUCCAAAUUUCCCAAUCUCCUUUUCGUCCAGGUGGGUCUUUGUGACUAGCUACCAGGUUGUGGAUGUCCGUGAUGUAUAUCACAUCCCAGUCUGAAAAAUAAGAGACUUCCCUAACUUAACUACCAGGGUCCUAUCACAACAACAAAAUGGAUAUGAUUUCUAGGACAAACUUGGUGCUGUGCUUUAGUGAAGCAAAGUACAAGAUAAAGAAGUCAGUGUGCCUGAAUGAAUAUAUGCAGCAAAAUUCUCCUUUUCCGCAUCUUUCCCAGUUGAACAUUAUGUAAGUAAAAAUUAAGUUUGUACAGUAGUCCCCCCUUAUCUGCAUUUUCACUUUAUGCAAUUUCUAUUAGCCAUGGUCAACUGCACUUUAAAGUUAUUAAAUGGAUCCAGAAAUAAGCAAUUUCUACAUUUUAAAUUGCACACAAUUCUGCAUAGUGUGAUGAAGUCGCAUGCCCUCCUGCUCUUCAUGUGGUUUGCUGAAUCAUCUCUGAGUCUAGUGUAUCCACCAUCUGCCAGUGAGUCACUUACGUGGCAUUUUAGUUAUCAGAUCACCUGUCAGGCUGUGGCAGUGCUUGUAUUCAAGUAACCCUUAUUUUACUAAAUAAUGACCCCAAAUUGCAAGAGCAGUUCUACUGUCAUGUUAUUAUAAUUAUUCUACUUUAUUAUUAGUUGUUAAUCUCUUGCUGUGCCUAAUUUAUAAAUUAAACUAUCAUAGGCUUGUAUAUAUAGGAAAACGUAGUAUAUAUAGGGUUCAGUAUUAUGCUGUGAGAAGCCCAAGCUGUGGAGAGGCCACAGGCAGGUGCUCUGGUCAGCAGCCCAAGCUAAACACCCAGCCAACACCAGAAUCUGCAGCCAGCCAUGUGAGUGAGCCUUUGCACAUGUCUAGCCUCGUCAAGCCCUACAGAUGUCUUCCCAUGAAACCACACAGCCAAGUCCAGGUGGAAAAUGUGAAAGAUGUUUCUACCAAGUCACUGAGUUUCUGGGUGGUUUGUUUUGCAGUAACCAAGAACCAGAACGGUGUGGUCUGCACUCUCCAGUGGCGCCCCUAUGUUCAAACACUUCACUCAGCAAGCGUCAUCACCCAACACCUGGACCUAAUCACUCCGCAGGGUCUUUCACUACAGAAUCUUUUCUCAGGGUUGCAGAUGUGCUAGUCUCUGCUAAGAUGCUCACCUCUUUAUCUUCCCUUAGUGAUUGGCUGCUCUGGUUGAUGUCAGCUUUCCUUUCCUCCCGGAAGUCCUCCCUCAUCACCUCCUUCCCCCUAACAGCUCCAGCUCCUUGAGGUCAGGCCUGUCUCUUCCACCGUGGUGAUGGCCUGUAUAUGUUGGGUGCUUCAUAAAUUCUGUUUCAAAUCUAGGACCCAACCUGCACAGUUAAGGGAUUUACCUUGGGAAUCUUCCAAAUCUUCUUGCUACAAUGGACUACUUUUAUUAUAAAAUCCAAAUAAUUUAA